AGUGGCCCCUCCUCAGUCUCUCCGGCUUUGUACCCAGAGCUGAACCCACGCCGCGGCUACCUUGUCCAGGAUCGCUGGGCUGCUAAAUAUCGGAAAAUGGCCCUUCACGUUCCCAAAGCUCCGGGCUUUGCCCAAAUGUUGAAGGAUGGUGCCAAGCACUAUUCUGGACUUGAGGAGGCAGUCUUUCGUAACAUCAGAGCCUGUAAGGAGCUUUCUCAGACCACACGCACCGCCUAUGGUCCAAACGGUAUGAACAAAAUGGUCAUCAACCACUUGGAGAAGCUGUUUGUCACCAAUGAUGCUGCAACAAUUCUCAGAGAGCUUGAGGUGCAGCAUCCAGCAGCCAAAAUGAUUGUGAUGGCAUCCCACAUGCAAGAGCAGGAGGUCGGAGACGGUACAAACUUUGUCCUGGUGUUUGCCGGAGCUCUGCUGGAGCUGGCCGAAGAGCUGCUCAGGAUGGGCCUGUCCGUGUCAGAGGUGAUUGAAGGCUAUGAGAUGGCAUGUAGGAAGACUCUGGAGAUCCUGCCAGACUGCGUAUGUUCCUCAGCCAAGAACCUCCAUGAUGUUAAAGAGGCUACAUCUCUGAUCCGUACAGCAGUCAUGAGUAAACAGUAUGGCAAUGAAGAUUUCCUUGCCAGCCUCAUUGCACAGGCCUGUGUCUCCAUCUUGCCAGAGUCCGGCAAUUUCAAUGUUGAUAGCGUCAGAGUAUGCAAGAUUUUGGGUUGUGGGGUGACGGCAUCCUCCAUGCUACAUGGCAUGGUUUUUAAGAAGGAGGCAGAGGGUGACAUCACAUCUGUUAAAGAUGCAAAGAUUGCAAUCUUCUCCUGCCCCUUUGACUGCAUGGUGACAGAGACCAAGGGCACAGUGCUGAUAAACAAUGCACAGGAGCUCAUGGACUUCAGCAAGGGAGAGGAGGAUAUGAUGGAGGCCCAGGUGAAGGCCAUCAAGGAGACUGGUGCCAACGUGGUGGUUACUGGGGGGAAAGUGGCUGACAUGGCGCUACACUAUGCCAACAAGUACAAGCUCAUGGUGGUGAGGCUUAACUCCAAGUGGGACCUCAGGAGGUUAUGUAAGACUGUAGGAGCUGUAGCACUGCCCAGGAUGACGGCUCCAACUCCUGAGGAGAUGGGUCACUGUGACAGUGUGUACCUGACAGAGGUGGGGGACACUCAGGUGGUGGUCUUCAAACAUGAGAAAGAGGACUGUGCCAUCUCAACGGUGGUGGUCAGAGGUUCCACUGACAACCUGUUGGAUGACAUUGAGAGGGCUGUAGAUGAUGGAGUCAACACCUUCAAGGUUCUGGUCAGGGACAAGCGCCUGGUUCCUGGAGCAGGAGCCACUGAGAUUGAGCUGGCCAAACAGAUCACCUCAUAUGGAGAGUCCUGCCCUGGUCUGGAGCAGUAUUCCAUUAAAAAGUUUGCUGAGGCUUUCGAGGCGUUGCCACGUGCACUGGCUGAGAACUCUGGUGUGAAGGGGAGCGAGCUCAUCUCUAAACUGUACUCUGCACAUCACGAGGGAAACAAAAACAUGGGCUUUGACAUUGAGGGAGAGGGCCCCGCCUUGAAGGACAUGCUUGAAGGUGGCAUUAUGGAGCCUUACCUGGUCAAACACUGGGGCAUCAAACUGGCCACCAAUGCUGCCAUCACAGUACUUAGAGUUGAUCAGAUCAUCAUGGCUAAGGCUGCAGGGGGACCCAAGGCUCCCAAGCAGAGAGGCCAUUGGGACAAGGACGGUUGGGAUGAAGAGCCUGAUCAUUUUGAUACACAUCAUUAGAGGGCACACACAUACACACACCCUCUGUCAAUCAUCAUGGCCAAACCAGCAGGGGGACCCAAAGCUCCCCAGGGCAGGAAGGACUUCGACGAGGAUGACUGAAUGUGAUGUUGUCCAGUUGAUCCGACUUUUACCCUGAACGCUCCCACAUGGAUUCACAAAACCCUUUUCUACUUGUUUAUUUAAAGCUCAACAGUUCGGUUUAUUUUGUAGAAAUUGCCAUAAGGUGGUAAACACAGUCAUAUGUGAAAGUAAAAUGUUCAGAUGGCACUGUUUGCUUUUUAUGUUCUUAGUCCCAAAUAAAAGGCACUUGCGCUGUCACGUCUUA